AUGGGUCCAACCAAUGCUAUCUCUGGCAGCUUUGAUGAACCUCUACUUGGCCAACUUCAAGCUCACCCACCCAACGACACCGACCUCGUCCGCUCCCUCGACGACUACUUCCUCGCCAACGAAUUCGACUGCGACACCCAGCGUCUGCUCUCGAUCCUCAGUUGGAAAAAGGCUCUCCGCCAAGGUCACCACCAGCAAGCGAACCUAGGACGACUCCAGAAGCUCGGUCUCCUCGCUUCCUACCCCGUCGGCUUCGACUUUCGUCUCCAUACGCCCCCGGGACACAUCCGCGAUCGAAACCUCGAGAUCCUCGCGGCCGACUCUAGCGCACCCAAUCUUUCGUCGCAGAAACACACAGCAACCGCCAAAAUGGUCCAACUCACCGAGGUCGAGGACGAGCACUUCCAGGGCGCCCAGGCCGGGCCCAUCGAGGACGAUGCCGACUUCACUGACACCGACUCCGAAAUCUCCGCCGACAGCGACUUCGACCCUACCGACGAAAGCCUCGCUGAGCGCCUGUAUGCUCUCAAGGACAUGAUCCCCCCGACCACCCGCGGCUGGGUCCAGAGCAAGGUCAACUUCGGAGUCAGCGCCGUCCAGAACACGUGGUACUACGGCUCCCGCACCGUCUGGGUCGUCUGCGCCACCGCCCUCAUGAUCGGUGUGCCUCUGGCCACCUGCUGGGCCGAGGACCAGCAGAUCGAGGGCAUGGAGCGCGAGUUCCGCAUGCGCGAGGCUGGCGGCGAGCUCUUGACCGCCGGCGGCGACGGCAAGGACGGCGAGCAAAGCACCGCUGACAUGCUUGGUGCCCACCUCGACCGCGCUGAGGCCAAGCCUGCGCUGUAA